GGAGGCGGCCUACUGCGACGAACAGGCUCAUGUGACGACUAUGGUGGGUGUGAAGGCAGCUGGGUUCCGCAGACGCGAAGCUACCCUGUUAUGUCCGGGCAGCUUGGUGGGAGCAGGUGGUGGGGGAGCGAGUGGAGUCGCGCGCUACCAAGACAGCACCCACGACCCUGGAGCAGUCAGCCUUCUGACGAGUGCCAGCCCACUCCUCUCACCAACAGCUCGACGCUGUCUCCUCGCGGCGCAAUGCCGUUUCACCACAACAGUUCGCAGCAGUACAACCUGGCCGCCGGGCUAGGCCAGGCUGCGCAAAUGGGCUCCAUUGCGUCUCCCAUGGGGAACCUGAGAACGGCCACGGCAGGCACGACAGCGGCAGGCACUGACGCCUUCGCGCCUGCCACGCCCGCCGGCGCCCAGGACGAGCUGCAUGGAGCCGCAUCGGCAUCUGCCCAGCAGCCGCAGCCGCAGCAGCAGAUGUACAAUCAGGCCGACUCGUACGGCGGCUCGGCGCCCAACAUCAGCCUCCAGCAAGCCACGCCCCAGGGUUCUCAUUACGGCACGCCUACGACACUACCUGGCAGUCUCCAGCCUGCGCAACGCCCCGGUCCUUCCUCUGCGAACACCGCGCCGGUGGUGCCUACCCAGAACAUCGUCAGCAACGCCAAUUCCUACACGCUCCCCACGCGCUCCAACACCAUAAGCCAGGGCCACUCCUCCUCGCAUACCUACUCGCGCUCGAGUCCAGCUGGCAUGGGCCCCGAACAGAAAUACAUUCCUUUCUCGAACACCCCAGAGCAGUCCAAGUACACGGCAACCACGCCUUCGCAGAAGUACUACCCUUCUACGCCCACCGCCAAUGCCUCAAAUUCACCACUUGGGUUGGCAGAUAUCAGGCCACGCGCAAACUCGAGCAUGGGUCCAGAAGGUGGCCUAGGCCCAUCCAACGCCUUCACCAGCGAGCAGAACAAGGUCCCUACGAACAGCAACUACCUUGCGCCGUGGAGCAUAUACGCUUACGACUGGUGUAAAUGGAACGUGCCUGGCGGCAACAGCGCUGGAAAGAUGGCUGUGGGAAGCUACAUCGAGGACAACCACAACUUCAUCCGUAUCUUGGACACUCAGAUUACGCCUCAGCACGAUGCUGCGCCAGGCACAUCGCCAUAUGGUCUCGAGUACAACGCAAUCGCAGAAGCUACCUGUUCGUUUCCCGUCACUCGCAUACUGUGGGAACCUCCGUCGUCUCAGAAGCAGUCGACCGACCUACUCGCAACCUCUGGCGAUCACCUGCGACUAUGGUCACUUCCCCAGUCGUCCGGCAACACUCUGAGCAACACGAUAUCACGUACAUCGUCGGUGAACACCAGGGAGCCUCAGCUGCCUAAGCUUACACCGCUUGCACUUCUCUCCAAUUCAAAAACUCCUGAGCAUACUGCGCCAUUGACGUCCCUCGAUUGGAACACCAUGUCACCUAAGCUCAUCAUCACCUCCAGCAUAGACACUACCUGCACAAUAUGGGAUAUCCCAACACUCACUGCGAAGACGCAGCUUAUUGCACACGACAAGGAGGUUUUCGACGUUCGCUUCUGUGCAGGCAGUGUCGAUGUAUUCGUAAGCUGUGGCGCUGACGGUAGUGUGCGCAUGUUCGAUCUUCGAAGCCUGGAGCACAGCACCAUCAUCUAUGAGCCAUCAGACAAGGGCAACGACAAGGACAAAGAUUCGCCAACAGGGCGUAUGUCUCCAACAAAAGCACAACAGACCAUGUCUUACGCACCUCCCCUUCUACGUCUCGCUGCUUCUCCCCACGACUCGCACCUCCUCGCUACCUUCGCCCAAGAUUCGAACGUUGUCCGCAUCCUCGACGUACGGCAACCGGGGCAGGCACUUCUCGAACUUCGUGGACACUCUGCAGCCCUCAACAGCAUUGAAUGGAACCCUUCACGGCGAGGCAUGCUUGCUUCUGGUGGUGACGAUUCUCUUGUACUUGUGUGGGACCUUCUGCAUGCCCAGACUGGAGCUGCCAUCAGCAGCGAGCACGCUGCAGCACCGUCGACUCCAGCAACUACACAACCAGCCAACGGCACAGGUGCUCAAAAUGUUCCAGUAGGACAAAAGGGUCCAUACGCUAGCUGGCGAUGCGACUACGAAGUCGGCAACAUCAGCUGGGCACCUCAGAGUGCUCUGACAGGGCAGGGAGGCGAUUGGAUUGGUGUUGCUGGCGGGCGAGGCGUUUGGGGCGUCAAGUUGUGAUGAAGAUACCUAUGCAAAAGGACGAUUAAGAGGGAUGCUUAUACGAUGAGCGAUGCGGUGUAUGAGUGACGAGAACGGAAUUUGCUUCGAGUAUAACUUCGGAGGCUUGAAAGUUACUACCGUCAGCGCAGAAAGGGCGUUUGGGAUGAUUGAGACCUAGAUCAAGAUACCUGUAGCUCGAGAGACGCAAAACACAUGUUCUCACUCCAAGCUUGCCUACGUGAUUCGUAAUGCCAAG